AUGGAAAAGAUGAUAAUAAUCGUGCCCAUAGCCGACGACAACAUGGCCGCCGUUUUGGGCCUUCUUGGCGAUGAUAGAGGCUGGAACUUCAAACUUGCACAGGCGAAUCUAGGAGGUUUUACAAGGCCCGCUUGUUUUGAGGUCGAAGUAGGCAGGAUUGAGGCUGGGACGAACAAGGUAUGA